AUGGCGACCCCGCCUCCCGAGGCUCCUCACAUUGUGAAGGAGGAUAAGCUUCAGCUUCCACCCUCGCCUGCCGGUCCUUCCGCGACUGACAUCGCUCCGACCAGCGCGCACAAUGAUAUCGAUUCCAAGGUUGAGCAUCCCGUAGAUGCCGAGAUCAAAUCACCCGAACUGAAUGGCCACAGCUCCACCGCCACUCCAUUUACCAACGGCACAAGCACUGCGAACUCUCCCCCGAAGUCCCCCGCUCCUGCGACUGCUCCUGCAUCUUCCGACCAACCCCAGACUCAAGAUCAGCCAUCUGCAGAGCAAGCCGCAGCUCCUCAGAGCGAGAAGACUAGUCCGGUAGACCAAGAAUCUCUCACUCCCGCAGUGAAUGCUGAGAAUAUCCCCACUCAGGCUCCCGCUGAUAUUCCUACCGCUCCUGCAUCCACUGAGGGCCCGGUUGACACAAAAGACGCAAUGGCUGUCGAUACCCCCAAGGAUCUCCCGACUGCCGUGAAAACUGAACUUCCCCACCAUCCAAACCCUGAUGCUGCUUCUGCAUCACUCACUGCCACGCAACCCGUCGAUCAAGAAAUGAAGGAUGUGCCGGAAGCCCCGCAUUCACCUUCCUCCUCCAAGAUCUCCCGACAACGCGAUGAUGAUCUCAGCGAAGAGCCGGCUGCUAAGCGGACCAAGGUUGAGGGCGAGGCCUCGAAUGUCGUGGAUUUCAAACCACCCGGAUUCUCUACCCCAGCCACUGAAACAGCCGCUCCCGUUCGCACAAGUGGUGGGCCGGGUCUCACCAAAUUGCAACACAAAUUUAUCUCAAAGUCUCUCACAAGCCUCAAGCGCAUGCACGAUGCACGUUUCUACAAAGAACCCGUGGAUGCCAUCAAAUUAAACAUCCCACAGUACCAUACCAUUAUUACCCAACCCAUGGACCUGGGAACAAUGGAAAAAAAGCUCAAGGCUAAUCAGUAUGGGUCACCCAAGGAAGUCUCUGACGACUUUGCCCUAAUGGUGAACAACACGACCAUUUUCAACGGCCCAGACCACCUGGUCACCCAAGAGGGUAUCAAAUUGAAAGCUACCUUUGAAAAGCAGAUGCUCAACCUCCCCAAGCCUGAGGAAGUGGAACCGUCUAAGCCGAAGAAGUCGACGGAUAAGACCUCUGCUGCUCGUCGGGCCCCUCGUACUUCACUCCCAAGCCAGCCAAAGGCUGCUUCUCCCCAGGGUCAGACCUUUGCGCUAGGACCGGAGGGACUGCCCGUUAUUCGUCGGGAUUCCACCAACCCUGAUGGCCGUCCAAAGCGGUCGAUUCAUCCGCCCAAGCGCGAUCUCCCAUACUCAACUAAGCCCAAGAAGAAGAAGUACCAAUGGGAGUUGCGAUUCUGCCAGGAGGCAUUGGAUGAGAUGCACAAGCAGAAGCACUACAACUUUGUGAUGCCGUUCUACUAUCCGGUCGACCCCGUUGCUCUGAACAUUCCUACCUACCACGAAGUGAUCAAGAAGCCGAUGGACCUGUCUACCGUGCAGCAUAAACUCAAGACUGGCCAGUAUGAGAAUGCCAAAGAGUUUGAGACUGAUGUCCGCUUGAUCUUCAAAAACUGCUUCCGAUUUAACAUUCCAGGAGACCCUACUUAUAUUUGUGGCCAACGCGCGGAAGAAAUCUUCUCUCAGAAGUGGGCCCAGAAGUCGGACUAUCUCGAAGCGCACGAACCACACCCCGAGCAAAACUCUGAUUCUUCUGACGAAGAGAGUGACGAUGAAGCUGAAGAGAGUGAUCAGGAAUUAGAGAAAGAGAAACUUGCUUUGCUCCAGAAGCAGAUUGCCGAGAUGUCACGCCAAGUCGAGGCCAUCACCCACAAGAAAAAGAAGACACCUCCUUCGUCCAAGAAGAUUGGCAAGGCGAAGCCAGUCAAGAAGGAAUCAAAGAAGAUCAGCUCUGGCAAGAAAGACAAGAAGAGCAAGAGCGGCAAGGAGCGUGCCAUCACCUACAAUGAGAAACAGAUCAUCUCCAACGGUAUCAGCAGUCUUCCAGAUAAGAAGAUGCAGCAAGCCCUUCAAAUCAUCCAAAGCAACGUUCCUCAACUCAAGGGCACUGAUGAAGCUGAAAUUGAGUUGGACAUUGACGAGCUCCCUAACAAUGUUUUGCUGUUGCUGCUGAACUUCGUGAAGAAGAACGUGCCUCACCUUAUGGAUGAUGAGGACGACCUCCCCGCCAGCAGCAGCGUUGCUCCUCCCAAGCCGAAGAAGAACAAGCCAAUGAGCAAGUUCGAGCAGGAGGCUCAGAUCAACAUGCUGCAGAGCAACCUGUCCCGCUUCCAGGGUGGCGCCCACUCUCCUGAACCCGUGAGAUCUGUUGAACAAAACGAAAGCAGCGAUGAUGAGUCGGAUUCGUCCGAGGAAGAGAGCGAGGAGGAGUAA